AUGGCCUCCCAGCGACAGGCCUCGUCUGCCUCCCAGACCCCGCUGAUAUCCCCCGCCGAACUCGCCUACCUCUACACCUCUCUCGCGCUACCAAACAGUCCCAUCCGCCCCGAUGGCCGCUCCCCCACGCAGUUUCGCCCUCUAACGGCCGAAACCGACAUUCUGCCGGGCACAAACGGCAGCGCGCGCGUCGGAUUCGCAGACGGCACGCAAGCCAUCGUCGGCGUGAAGGCCGAGGUCGAGAAGACGGCGCUGUCACCCGAUGCCGUGAAUCUCUCGCAGCAGGCGCAGACGACCGAUGCGGGUGGCGAGGACGGGAAACCUGCGGCCACUGGCGGGCACGGAUCUUGGGUGCAGAUGUCGAUUGAGAUCCCUGGAUUUCGGGACGACGAUGCCCUGCCUGUUUUUCUGUCUGAGAUGAUGCGCGAGCCGCUGGUGGAGUCGGUCUCGAGUGGGCAUAGCGAGGACGCCGAGAUGGCGGGCGGGCUUAAGGGUCGGUUGGUGAUUAAUAGACGCUGGCAUUGGCGGUUGUAUAUUGAUCUCCCCAAGUUGAAAUCGAAAGGCGAAGAAGACCCCUUCUUCGACGAUGACUGGGACGCCGCAGAGUAUCUGUAUCCUCGCACGCGGUCGAGAUUGCCGCAGAAGAUCCGCCCGCCGGUCACGCUGCUGGUUAUCUCUGUCGGCGAUAACAUCAUUUUCGACCCCAACCGCGAGGAAAUCACCGUUGCGGACACCGUCAUGGCUAUCUCUGUGACCCGGGACAGCGAGUCGGAUGGGCUGAAGCUCCUUUCUAUCCGCACGGUCGAUCCGCCUUCGCGGUUGACGCAGCCCGGAGUGCCGAACUCGGAGAAUGUGGCGACGGGAGGCUCUGCGGGCGCUACGGAGGGAUCUCUGAUCGUGAACCCGGCUACGAGCGAGGAGGACACGCCGGGUGUUUGGAGGCCUCGGAGGGGUGGAGUCAAGCGCAAGACUGUGGCGCGGAUGAUCAAGUUAGUUCUUGAGAAGGGGGGUGUUGGCGAGGAGGUUCUGGAGGGCCUGGAGAAUGUUGAGGUUGGGUGA